CCGCUCCUCUGCACAUUUCGAUGUGAUGGAGACGGGGUACGACUUCAUUCUCGGCACCUCGUGGUCUCGUCGAUUCCGCAGCACCGAGGCCGAUUGGGCGACGAACACUCUCGUUCUCAAAACGAAGUGUGGACAGACGUAUCGCGUACCUUUCAUAGGUACCACCGCGACACCACGCCCCGAUCCUCCUCCCCCGGAGCCUUCCGUGCCCACACCACCUCCCUCGAUCACUGUCACCUCGCCUCAGCAGUUCGCCCACUUCAUUCGACAGGACGACGUCACCUUCUUUAUGGUGAACGUGACAGAUCUCUUACACUAUGAUCCACCCUGUCCCGACGCCGAGCUCAUCCCUCUGGAGCCAGAUCCUCCUUCUAUCUCCAUGACUCCCAUCUCUACUUCCGUCCCUCCGCCGUCCGUUGAGUCCAACCCGCCGUCGCACGCAGACGCUGACGCUGAGGAACUCGCACGAUAUACUGCUGACCUGGAACCCGCAGUUCGUGACCUCAUCCGAGAGUACCACGACGUUUUUCCAUCGUCGUUCUCGUACGCUGGCAUCCCACCGAUGCGCGACGUUGAGCACUCCAUUCAGCUUGUGCCUGACUAUCGUGUUCACCACCAGGCAACCUACAGACUCUCGAUCCCCGAGGCCACCGAACUCAAGCGUCAGCUUGAGGAGCUCCUGAGACUGGGUUUCAUUAACCCCAGCAACUCCCCGUGGGGUGCACCCGUCCUCAUUGCUCGCGAAGCGGAGGGAACUCUUCUUCUCUGCAUCGACUACCGCGGUCUCAACCGCUACACGGUUAAGAACAACCACCCCAUGCCUCGUUUCGAUGAGCUGUUCGACCGCCUAGCAGGCAACCGCUUCUUUACGAAGAUUGAUCUUCGUAGCGGUUACCAUCAAAUCUGCGUCGCUGCAGCCGACCAGCUGAAGACCGCGUUCCGAUCGCGAUUCGGUCACUACGAGUUCACGGUGAUGUCAUUCGGCCUCACCAACACACCCGCUACCUUCCAGAGGGCAAUGAACGACAUCUGCAGACACAUCCUGGAGCAGUACGUUCUCGUCUACCUCGACGAUAUCCUGGUCUAUAGUCGUACCCUUGAGGAGCACCUCAGACACCUCCGCGACGUCCUUGACCGCUUGCGCAGACAUGGCUUCUACGCCAAGCUGAGCAAGUGCCGCUUUGCCCAGCACAAAGUGAAUUUCUUAGGACACUAUGUGUCUGACCAGGGUCUCCACAUGUAUGACGCGAAGAUCACUUCUAUUGCGGAGUGGCCCGCCCCCACAUCCGCCAAGCAGCUUCGCAGCUUUYUAGGCCUGACCAGCUACUAUAGUAAUUUCAUCCGGGGAUACGCUAGCCCGAAACAGACACGCUUCGCAAGUUUCGACGUCCUCCAGGUCGUCGGUUCUGAUACGGCUUCUAGCCCGGUCAGCCUCCGUGUGAAGCUGCCUGACUAUCUACGCCAAGCUCGUGUGCACGAUGUCUACCACGUCUCAUUACUGCGUCCUUAUCGCAGACCGUCUCAGCAUUUCGCUGGACGACCAUACGAGCGCCCUCCACCUCUCAUGGUGGAUGGCUACGAGGAGUUCCUCGUUUCAGACAUCAUUGGUCGCCGGGUCACCGACGACAACCCUCCCCACGUCGAGUAUCUCGUACGUUGGAAGGGUUACCCUGCUGAGGAGGCCACCUGGGAGCCCCUCGAGCACUUUAAGCACGGUCGCAUGUUGGUGCGUGCCUAUGACCAUGCUCGUCGUGCUGGGUUCACUGCUCCUCCUCAGCCCACUGACCCUCCUCCUUCUCCCCCGACUGAGGAGACCGCUGAAGUCGAGCCUGCUCCAUCUGAGGCAGACCUUCAGCAGCAGCCGGAUGCUUCUGAGCGUCCACAACACACUCGUCGUCGUCCUGCUCGAUACGACGAUUGACUCUGACUUACCUUCCCACGUC